UUAGGCUAUGGUCAGACUGGUCCAAUGGUUCAGAGAGGAGGAUAUGACUCCAUUGCAGCUGCUGUUUCUGGUCUCAUGCAUAUCACAGGGCAUGAGGGUGGUGAGCCAGUUAGACCAGGAGUGGCCAUGACAGAUCUUGCUACUGGGUUGUAUACGUACGGAGCAAUUAUGGCUGGUUUGCUUCAGAGGUAUAAGACAGGGAAAGGACUGCACAUCGACUGUAACCUCUUGUCAUCUCAGGUUGCAUGUCUCACUCAUGUAGCAGCUAAUUACCUGAAUUUCAAAAUUGAAGCAAAGCGCUGGGGUACAGCUCAUGGGAGUAUUGUUCCGUAUCAGGCUUUUAAGACCAAGGAUGGCUACAUCGUGGUGGGAGCUGGAAACGAUCAGCAGUUUGUCACCGUGUGCAAGGUAAUGGUGUGUUAG